AUGCUGCUGGAUCACUCCUCACCCCUCUCAGGAUGUAUUCAACUCUUGUUCCUGGCCUUAGCUGUCCUUGUGGUCCUGGCUGAGGCUUCCCCAGAUGGAUGGGCCAGAAAGUGUGGUUAUGGAACUGGCAGAUGCAGAAAAUCUUGCAAAGCAAAUGAGAAGAAGAAAGAAAAAUGUGGGGCAAGAAAGGUUUGCUGCAUCCCUGUAGUAAAGCAUAAACCAAUAGAAUCUGCCAAGAAAGAAGAGAUGACAUUUUGGACUACGACAAGUAUGACCAAGUAUCCAUCUAAGACUUGUGAUGAGACAAUUUUGGCAGCCACUGUAGUGCGUCAGUGA